AGGUACACACAAGGGGAUUCCCCACCUGAAAUGUGCCUAACCCACGUGGACAAAGAUGGCUUUCUGGAGAUCACUGGUGCCUGUGCUUAGAACCUCCUUGCCGUCUCUGAGGGAGGUGUCUGUCAGUGGGACUUGGACAAGAUGUUGUAACCGGAUGCUGUCUGGGACUGGAGGGGAUGAAGACUCACACAACGAUGACCCAAAGUUCUUUAUUGAUGAGGAGACUAUGAAGAUCAUCAGUCCGGGAAGAGAGGUUGCUGAUCCACGAGACAUUCCUGUGUUCUUAGGCGACUCACCCGCCCCCACCACUCAUGCCCCUUCAACCCCCGCCCCCUCUCGUCGGCGCAAGGACGGCUCUCUACCUGUUGUGAGAAUGAGACUCAAGAAUCAGUGGCAUCAGAAGCUGCCCAUAGUUCACAUUAAGGCCACCUACAACAACACUAUCUACACCAUCACCGACUGUGAAGGAAAAGUGCUAGCCUGGUCAACAGCUGGAAGUGCUGGCUUUAAGAAUGCACGUAGAGGGACCACCUUCGCUGCUCAGUCAGCUGCAAUGGCUGCUGCACAGAAAGCACGUCAACUUGGAUUUCAAAAGGUACAGGUUUUGAUCAAAGGACCAGGUCCGGGAAGACAGCCGUCCAUUAAAGGUCUCGAGGGUGGUGGUCUACAGAUAGUGUCUGUACAAGAUGUCACCCCAGUCCCACAUAAUGGUUGCAGGCCAAGGAAAGCAAGAAGAUUAUAAGUAACCGAGAACUUCAAUGUCAAUGUAGCCUUGUAGACUAGCUAUAUUAUACCGUCUGUUUUUGUAUUCUGUCACUGCGAUUUCUCAUAUUAAACGACAUAAAUUUAUUAUUAAAAAUGUA